AUGGCAACUACAGAUACUGCUAACUUCUAUUAUAACUUCUCUGAUCCCAACGAAAACGGAAGUGAGAAUUUUCACACGUUUACAAGAGUCUUCCUGCCCUGUAUGUAUUCGGCUGUUUUCAUCCUUGGGCUAGCAGGAAAUGUGCUGGUCUUUGUCAUACUAGUUUUCUAUGAGAAACUGAAGAUGCUGACAGAUAUAUUUUUGCUGAACUUGGCUAUAGCUGACUGGGUCUUCCUUUGGACGCUGCCAUUCUGGGCAUAUUCUGCUGCUCAAGAGUGGACUUUUGGCAUCAUGGCAUGUCAUAUUAUACGGGGCUUGUAUACUCUGAACUUGUACACUUCAAUGUUAACUCUAACAUCUAUCACCUUUGACCGGCUUAUUGCUAUUACUUUUGCUACCAAAGCACAUAUGUGUCAAACCAAACGAAUGACAUGGGGCAAAUUAAUCUGUGUCUUAAUCUGGGUGAUCUCACUAGCAUUUGCCACACCGCAGUUUAUUUUUAGUGAGGUGUUUACUAUUGAUAAGGCAAUAUGUCAGGAAGAAUACCCAAACCAUCACACAGAACUGGUUCUUGAAGUGAUCCAAGUGAGCCUUGGCUAUUUUGUUCCCGUGCUAGCCAUGAUCAUCUGCUACUCACUAAUUAUUAGAACCUUACUGCAUGCCAGGAGUUUUCAAAAGAACAAAUCUCUAAAAAAAAUAUUUUCUGUAGUUGCCAUAUUUAUUCUUACUCAGUCACCCUAUACUUUCUUGAGGCUGAUAAAGAUCAUAGACUGGAGCUUUAACUUAAACAGCAGCUUUGAAUAUGCAAUCAUCAUAACAGAAGCUCUUGCUUAUUUCCAUGGCUGUCUUAACCCUGUUCUGUAUUUCUUCAUGGGGAUGAAAUUCAGGAGGAACUUACAGAAAAUUAUUAAAAACUCAAGAUGCAUCAAACGGCAAGUUAAGGCUAAACAGUGGCAAACCACUGAAGAGGAAGGCUCUAAAACUUUUACUGCCUCAAAUAAUGCAGAUGCAACAAGCAUGUACCCGCUAUAA